CGUCAAUACAUUUGUCUACGAAGAAAAGCCAAAGAAAUAAUCAAAAUUCAAAAUUUGACUUUUAUACAAGUAUUUAUAAAAAUUAUAAAUUAAGUUUUUAAAUUAAAUUGUUAGCAAAACUAAACAGACGCUGCCACUAUGGCAAAUAAAGAAUUAAUUGGAAAACUUGCUAAUAUUCCUUUAGCUAAACCUGGUUUUCAAGCCCUCGAUAUGACUGCCCCCGUCCUAGUGCAAAUGAAUCCGGCAGGCAAAUGGGAGAAUGUCAAGCCCGAAACAUUAGACGAAGAGCGUCUAAGGGCUGUGGUUCAACAUUUGGUGAAGUCGAAGGCGGUGUCCGCCGCGCAAAGUUAUUGUUGCCAAUGUGCUGAAGAAAAUAAGAAAGGAGAUACUAAAUCAAAUUAUGUCCCAGUCAUAAUGAUGCCUAUCUAUCCAGCCGACGAUUGUCCGUUUGAUAUGGAAUGUGAAGUUAAAAAAAUUAAGGAAGCCGAAGAUAAACCGACAAAAAAAAUUGUAAAAGAGACCCAAGCCAAAGGUUCUGAAAAGGAGAAAGACAAGAAAAAGCUGAAAAAACGAGGCUUUGUCAUGCAAAGACUUACUGAUUUCGAUUUAUUGUCACAAUGGUAGAUUACAGUCGCUUCAAAUAAAGCUCUGACGUACAAGCCUUAUUUGAUGAUAUGAGUGAUAGUGAAUGUUAUGUACAAAGUCAUAAACGAUUGUCAAGUUAAAACUGUUUUUAUAUUUGGUAACAUUGAAUAUUAGAGAUAAAUAUAAGGAUCACUUUGGUA